AUGAAGCAAGCUACAUUUUCCUACUCUGAAGACGCUUCUGAGUACCUUGCCCAAUACAUCAUCAACAAAAUCAAUAAUUUUGGGCCUACUGCAUCCAAACCUUUUGUACUUGGUCUCCCAACAGGCUCUUCUCCAGAAGGUAUUUACGCUAGACUCAUUGAAGCAUACAAUACCAAGAAGAUCAGUUUCAAAAAUGUGGUAACUUUCAACAUGGAUGAAUAUCUUGGACUUUCCCCAGAAAAUGAACAAUCAUACCAUUACUUCAUGUACGACAAGUUCUUCAACCAUGUCGAUAUCCCAAGAAAGAACAUUCAUAUUCUUAAUGGUUUGACUAAGAAUGUUCAACAAGAAUGUUCCAACUACGAAGCUGAAAUCAAGAAAUUUGGUAGAAUUCAUCUCUUUUUGGGAGGAUUAGGUCCAGAGGGACACCUUGCAUUUAAUGAAGCUGGCUCCGAAAGAAGCUCUAUCACCAGAGAAGUUUUCCUUGUCGAAUCAACCAUUGAAGCUAACUCUAGAUUCUUUGGUAACGAUCGUUCCAAGGUUCCAAAGUCUGCCCUUUCAGUUGGUAUUUCCACAAUUUUGGAUAACUCUGACGAAAUUGCCAUUAUUGUUUUGGGCAAGGCAAAGGCUUAUGCUUUAGAAAAGACCAUAAAUGGUAAGAAGAAUGACCCUAGAUUCCCAUCAUCAUACUUACAAGACCAUUCAAAUGUUCUUGUUGUAUGUGACAAUGCUGCAGCUGGCCUUAAGGCAAAGUUGUAG